GAGACUGCAAACCAAUAACAUGGGGUUGUGUAAGAUGUCAUUUGCCUUGGUUUGUCUCCGUUUAGCCCUCCUCCAACCCACUCUUGCCCAAGACUCACCACAAGACUACCUCAAUGCCCACAAUGCCGCUCGAGCGGCAGUAGGUGUUCAAGCCUUAACGUGGGAUCCAAACCUAGCAGCUUAUGCACAAAGAUAUGCCAAUUCCCGUAAAGGUGAUUGCAAUCUUGUGCACUCUGGCGGGCCUUAUGGCGAAAACAUAGCGAAGAGUAGCGGUGACAUGUCCGGCACAGCUGCGGUGAACUUGUUUGUGGCAGAGAAGGCCAACUAUGACUACAACUCAAACACCUGUGCUCCUAACAAGGUGUGUGGCCAUUAUACUCAGGUUGUUUGGCGCAACUCAGCUCGUGUAGGAUGUGCCAAAGUUAGGUGCAACAAUGGAGGUACCUUCAUUGGGUGCAAUUAUGAUCCCCGAGGCAACUAUAUUGGCCAGAAGCCUUACUGAUUUAGCUAUUAGCAAACCUCUUGUGGCUAAAUGAAAGCUUACAGUACUUUAAUAAGAGUUUUCAUUUUUAAUAUAUGAGAAUAAAAUUUGGUAUUUUCUUAAAGUUUACAAUUAAGUUGUAAACUCGUCCUUAUGUUGCAUUCCAUGAAGUUUUGUGGAAAACGUCUCAUUUGUCUUCUA